AUGAACUCCAAAGUUCGUGAGCUGCAUCAGCCCAACACAAAAGCCAGGCCAUUAUUAUCCCUAGCUUGGGUUCACGGCGAUGCCUUGCAAACUGUCAAUACGUCAUACGGCAGCGGAACAGUUGUCAAAGGCCAGACCGCAAUUGCCAACGACGAUGCACAGAGCAAUCUACAGCCCAAGGACAAGCAUAACUCGCAUCAAACCAGAGCUUUCAUCCGUUGGCAAACGAAAGAAGCCCAAAAUGCGCAAAAUCACAGUUACCGUGUCUAG